AUGAAUAUCACCGAAGGCGUAGAGGUCGACCCGAUCACACGCCAGAUCUUCGACUAUGCCGAAAAGACCACCGUGCUGGACCUAGAAGACUGGGUCAGCAUUCUAACCCUCUGUCUAUCCCCUCUGAUCGCGCACAUCCUCUCCGGCGUACCGACCGUGGUGCGACGAUGUCCCAAGCCGCCGUCGUGGAUCGACACACUCUGUCUGUACAAUCCCACCUCGAUUCUAUGGCGAUACCUCGCGAUCGCAGACCGGCGGGCGCGAUAUCAUCGCACCUGGGACCCCGCCGACAUGGCCGCCAGCAACGCCCUCUUCUGGACCUCCGACGGCUUCGACGGGUCCGAGGAAAUGAUGUAUAAGAGUCGGGCAUUUUGCACGCGCGUGCCUAGGGACAGCCGGACCAAGGUCUUCUCGAUCGACACGGUCAAGACGCUCAUCACCACCGCGCAGGGAAUCCAGGCGCUCUUUGUCCUGGUCCGCGGUAUCAUGGCCCUGGCCUCUAUGAAGUACCAUCAUCCGUUCAAUGCGACCAUGGCCAUGGACACGGUGUUUUACCCGCUCGCUGUUUUUGGGUUGUUGCGCCUGUUUGCUGCUCCGUGGUUGACGGAGCUGUACACCUAUGCUGAGCAUGCAUCCUACGAGGGCGACACCGUACUCAUGCCACAGGGUGCGCAUCACCCUAUUUCGUACCCGCUACCUCCCUCUGCCGAUGACGGCGAGUUGGGUACUAAGCAUGCCACGACAUACGGUACCGACAACUCUACACUAUUUCCCGAUACGGAGGUGGACAGGCUAGACGCCGCGAAAAACCCAGCGCCGACAGGCACCAUCGCCCCCAUCAUCAUCCGCACCGUCUACAUCCUCUUCAUCUGCAUCAUUCUCGGCAUCUGCGUCUGCUACGUGAUCCCCUACUACGGAGCAGCCAGCAUGGCCGUCGUCACCUCCAGCGCCGCUUCAGCGCUGAUCCUCCUUGCUGCGGUGUACAUACUCAUGAGCGGCAUGUCCGCCGUGCUGUUUACGAUCUACCUGAUCCGUGGCGGACAGACGACCACCACGGUGAUCCCAUGUAUCCGCUCCUGGUGGUACCGGCUGUACACGCUGGUGUUGAUGCUGGGUGCCCUCGCCCUGAUCAUCCUCUCGGGGGUCUUUACGCGCCGCACGCCCUGCGGCAAGUUGACCAUGUUCCCCGCGCUCUACGAUAAUCAGGUGUGUCAGGGGCUGCGGUUGGAUUCGGGGUUGGAAAACGGGGCGAUUGGGUUUGUUAUUCGGAAUAUGGAGUUAACGCCGCCGAACUGGAUGGUGCCGCUGGAUGGCUGGUGUUCGGGGACGAUGGGAGAGAAACUUGUUCCUUUUGUAGAUGCGGAGUCCUUGCAGAAGUUGCUGUGA